UUUACGUGUGUGAAAUGUAUUCGGAGAAGCUGAACUGCUACUCUCAUCUUUCACAGAGCUGAAACUUGGGUUUGGUUUCUGUCAAUAAAAGAUAGAUUUCAGAAAUGGCCGAAACAAAGGACUUCAAUAACAAUGUUGUCAUUCUCGCCCUGUGCAUUGCCAGCUUGCUCCUGGUCAUCGUGAUUCUCCUCAUCGUUGUCAUCACCUACUAUUACUUCCGAAAACUUUCGGGUAAACAGGAUAAGCCGUGUAUUUCGUCCUGCUGUCUAAACUCUCGGAGUGAUCAAGAUCCUAUAGUCUGGCCGGACAGCAAGCGAGUUGAUAACGCAAAACCAAAAUUACAACUGGAUGAUGCACGACUCUCGGACAACCAUCAGUUUCAUUUUCACAGGUACAAAGAUGAAGAGCCUGACCAUAGUGCGGCUUAUCAGUUUGAAGAUGGACCGGAAGAAUCGUAUCUGCAGGAGACGCGUAUCGAAGAUCACGGGGCAGUCCACUUCCCACCACCAAUGGUCCCUCCCUAUUCGGAAGUCAAUAAUCCUUUCUUCCAACCACAAAUCGAAUCAGAGUUGGAGGCAGCGGAGUCUGCAUCUGACAAGGAAUGAUACUACAAAUCGGUGACGUUUGUUCCCAGAAAGUCUGUUCAAACAGCAGCCUCGGAUAACCUUUCCCAAGAAAAGCUCACCAAUCGUCCAUGAGCUUUACAAAUGUGCGAUUCCAAAGCAGUCGACGUUUUGGAAAAUGAAUCUCACAUGCACUCACAAUUUUGUCCCAAAAAUUUGAUGUUUUUAUACGCGCUCUGUCGCACUUAAUUUCUGUAUAAAUUUUUGUAAUAGUCUCAUACCUACCUUGUACAGCUGACACCGGUAUAACUAU